UAGAUAAAGAAUUGUUUACGCUACGUAGCCGGGCAUAAAGAGAUAAAGAAGAGGGCCCUAGAAAACACAAUUAGGGAAUAGUUUAUAAUCUAGGCCCAAAGAAUCAACAUGUCAAACAGCGAUGGAGCCACUGGCAGCAAACAGGCGCGUUUGGGUAACAACAACAGUCACAGUAGCAAGGACUUAAAUGGUAGCGGCCACGGUGAUAAGGAUCUGGGCGAUGGACCUGCAAUUGUGGGUGUAACGCGAGAUAAAAUUGCCUUGAUAACAGGCAUUACGGGUCAGGAUGGCUCCUAUUUGGCCGAGUUUUUGCUGAAAAAGGAUUAUGAAGUGCAUGGAAUUAUACGGCGAGCCAGUACCUUUAAUACCACACGUAUUGAGCAUCUUUAUGCCGAUCCUAAGGCUCACAAAGGUGGUCGAAUGAAGCUCCAUUAUGGCGAUAUGACCGACAGCAGUAGUCUUGUGAAGAUUAUCAAUAUGGUAAAGCCGACAGAGAUCUACAAUUUGGCCGCACAAUCGCACGUAAAAGUAUCAUUUGAUUUGAGUGAAUAUACGGCGGAAGUUGAUGCUGUGGGCACACUGCGAAUUCUGGAUGCCAUUCGCACGUGUGGCAUGGAGAAAUCUGUGAAAUUCUAUCAGGCCUCAACAUCGGAACUAUAUGGCAAAGUCGUAGAGACUCCACAAAAUGAGCAGACGCCCUUUUAUCCCCGAUCGCCCUACGCUUGUGCCAAAAUGUAUGGAUUUUGGAUUGUGAUUAACUACAGAGAAGCCUACAACAUGUUUGCCUGCAAUGGUAUAUUGUUUAACCACGAAAGUCCACGACGAGGUGAGAAUUUUGUCACUCGCAAAAUCACUAGAAGUGUGGCCAAAAUAUUGCUCAAUCAGAUGGAAUCCUUUGAACUGGGCAAUCUUGAUUCGAAACGCGAUUGGGGACAUGCCAGCGACUAUGUUGAGGCAAUGUGGAUGAUGUUACAAAGGGAAACGCCUUCCGAUUAUGUUAUAGCCACGGGAGAGACGCAUAGUGUACGAGAAUUUGUAGAGGCAUCUUUCAAGCACAUUGGCCGUGAAAUAAUUUGGCGUGGCAAAGGCAUCGAAGAGGUUGGCGUGGAAAAAGAUACAAACAUAGUGCGCGUUCGCAUCAAUCCGAAAUAUUUUCGGCCCACUGAAGUGGAUUUGCUUCAGGGCGAUGCCUCGAAAGCCAAACGAGAACUAAAUUGGUCGCCAAAAGUUAGUUUCCCUCAACUGGUUAGCGACAUGAUGAAGGCCGACAUCGAGCUAAUGAAGAAAAACCCUAUUGCAUAGAGAGCACUGGACUAAGACCCAGACAAUGACCAGUACUACCAUUAAAUUAGGCACAAAGCUGUCGCUCCUUCAGUUCACUUGGAGUUGGGAUGGCGCUUUCUACACACCUACAUAUAAAACUAAAUUUAGUUUAUAUUUUAAAGUGAUCAUUAUGCUUCAUUUUUCUUUAUGUAAUGGAAUUUGCAAUCAUUCCUAUACCGUAUUUAAUGUUUUUAAUCUUGUAUGUUGUAUGUAUUUUUAUGUCUUAAACAUUAUGCUCGUUGUUUUUUAUAGUCUUUUAAAAUAAAGACCUAACGGAUAUUUGCAAUAGACUUUA